AUGGGGAAGAAGAACCUUAAAAGAAAGAAAGAAGAAAUAGCUGAGGAUUGUUGUUUCGUUUGCAAGGAUGGUGGUAACAUGAGAGUGUGCGAUUUUAGGGAUUGCCUUAAAACUUAUCAUGCUGAAUGCGUGAACGAAGAUGCUUCCUUUUUGACAAGUAACAAUAAUUGGUGUUGUUGGUCACAUUAUUGCUUCCUAUGCGAUAAAGCAUCAAAGUUUAUGUGCUUCUUCUGCCCAACAGCUGUUUGCGGAAAAUGUUACUAUGAUGUUGAUUUUGCUAAAAUCAAAAGAAACAAAGGAUUUUGUAGGCACUGCUCAAAACUUGCAUUUCUAAUUGAGAAAAAUGCUGAUGUUGAUUCUGAUGGUGAAAAAGUAGAUAUGAAAGAUCCAGCUACAUAUGAAAGUUACUUUGUAGAAUAUUAUGAAGUCAUUAAAAGAAAAGAAGGGCUGAAUUCCCAGCAUGCUCAUGCCGCCCGUGACUUGAUAAAAAAUAGAAAAAAGAAGUGUGACAUGGAUUCAUAUGAAAUAGGUGAUGGGGAAGAUGAUAGUGGUGAAUCUGAUGUGAGUAAUUUUCUGGGUUCUGAUAGUGAAGACCUAGAUAGCACAACAGGAGUUAAAUCUUCGGGGAGAAAGAGGAAGUGCAUGAAAAAGCUAGAAUCAAUAAAAGGAAAAGUAGUGAAAGAUAAGAAAAAAGAUUUUGAUGGAUGGGGUUCAAGAAGUCUCGUAGAUUUUCUUAAAAAUAUUGGUAGAGACACUACCAAAGCGUUUUCAGAACUUGAUGUUACUUCGAUCAUCAUUGACUACUGCCAUAAAAACAAGCUUUUUGACCCCACGAAAAAGAAAAGGGUAAUGUGUGAUGAAAAGUUAAAGAAUUUACUAAGGCGUAAAUCAGUGAAUAAAAACAGUAUACAAAACCUUCUUGCAUCGCAUUUUGUAGAGAAUUUUGAGGAAACAGAUGAUAUGGUCAGUAGUUCAGAAGAAAUGGGUGACAAAGAAGCAUUCAAGUUUUCUGAGCAGAGACAUUUGAAUUCAACUACAAAAUCUUGUCCGAAAGUAGUUUCUCAAGAGCUUCCAAGUGGAUUUGCAGCUAUAAUUAGUUCAAACCUAAAACAUGUCUACUUGAAGAGAAGCUUAAUUGAGGAGCUUUUGAAGCAACCAGAAAGCUUUGAUGGCAAAGUAUUGGGAAGUUUUGUUAGAACCAAAACCGACCCAAAUGAUUAUUUACAGCAUAAUUCCCAUCUGCUCUUGCAAGUAAUAGGAAUUAAUAGAUCAUCUAAAAAAGGCGAAAUCAACCAAGAAAUUCUGCUCCGGCUUUCUAAUGUGCCAAAAGACGUACCUAUCAGCAAAAUUUCUGAUGAUGACUUUUCUGAGGAAGAAUGUCAAGAUCUGUACCAGAGAAUGAGUAAUGGUCUGCUCAAAAAGCCAACUACACUGGAGCUUGAGCAGAAAGCUAGAACUCUGCACGAAGAUGUGACGAAGCAUUGGAUCUCGAGAGAGAUAGCAGUGUUGCGAAAUCGCAUUGAUCUGGCCAAUGAAAAGGGAUGGAGGAGAGAGCUUGCUCAGUACAUGGACCGAAAAAUGAAGCUGGAAUCUCCAUCAGAACAAUCACGCUUAUUAAGUGAAAUGCCAGAAGUAAUUCCUGAAAUGGUUAAUACCAAUCUGUCACCAGAAGACUCCUCCAGGAAAGAUAAGCUGGAAUUUCCAUCAGAACAAUCACGUUUAUCAAGUGAAAUUCCAGAAGUAACUCGGGAAAUGGUUGAUACCAAUCUAUCACCAGAAGACUCCUCCGGAAAAGAUAAGCUUGAGCAAAAUGAUUUGUCAGAAUUAGCCACUGGAGAGACUCGUAACUCUGUUGAACAAUGUUCCACACAUGAUGGUUUUGCUCGAUGUCUGGAUAAGAGAACAGAUGUUGUAGAUUACAGAAAUCUGAGUGUUAACAUGGAUGUCAAUCAGACAAUAAAAGAAAGACAAAGGGUUACCCUUGCUGAUUCUGUUAAGGCAACUGCCAUAGAUGUUAUUAUGUUAAGUGACAGCGAUGAAGAUGAUUUAAAUAUUAAAGUCAAUUCAGCUGAAAGAAAGGAAGUUGAGACUCCUAAAGUCUCUUCCACAGGAAGAAAAGGAGUAGAAAGUCCUGAAGUCAUUUCAGCUUGGAGAAAGAGAUUUGAGACUCCUGAAAUUCCUACCGCAGGAAGAAAAGGAGUAGAAAGUCCCGAAAUCAUUUCAGCCGGGAGAAACAGAUUGGAGACUCCUGAAAUUCCUAGCUGGCUAUGUUCGGGUGUUUAUGGUGGGGGAAUAAGAGGACCAUUUUCAUUGUCUGUACUCAAACUCUAUUUUGAAUCUCAAUCUGCUAAUUCUUCUCCCUUAGAUUUCAAGGUAUGGAAGACAGGUGAGAGUGAAAGAGAGGCAAUUCCUCUGAAGGAUGCACUUAGGCUCUUUUCUCCCCAACGUGAGGAGUAA